AUGAUAAAUUUUCUUGAAACAAAGGACUUAAAUGACGCAAUUGAUCUAAUAGACAAUGACAUUCGCAUAUUGGGUAAUUUCCCAUUAUUAUGUCGUGUUUGUACACUAUUAUUAGCCAAUAAUCGAAUUAAUCGACUAGAUCCACAACUAUUUGAAUUUCUACCCAACCUUACUACUUUAGUUUUAACAAACAACAAUAUAAUGGAAUUACCUGAUUUGCAACCAUUAAAUGGAAUUAAAAGAUUACAAUAUAUAAGUUUACUGGAUAACCCAGUAACCAGGAAACAAUGGUAUCGAAGUUGGGUGAUUCGGAAGAUCCCUAGUAUUAGAGUUAUAGAUUUCAAAAGAGUUCGUGAUAUGGUAUGA